CGACAUCCUUUGCGGUGCCGUGGCACAUGGAUUUCAGGACUGCCUGUGAAGAGACAAAGACAGGGAUUUGUUUGCUGCAGGAUGGUAAUCAGGAGCCUUUCAAAGUCCGGCUGCACCUAGCCAAAGAUAUUUUGAUGAUCCAGGAACAAGAUGUGAUAUGUGUGUCUGGUGAGCCUUUCUAUUCUGGUGAAAGAACGGUGACCAUUAGAAGACAAACUGUAGGAGGAUUUGGAUUAAGCAUCAAGGGGGGAGCAGAACAUAAUAUUCCAGUUGUCAUUUCAAAAAUCUCCAAGGAGCAAAGAGCGGAACUUUCAGGUCUGCUCUUUAUUGGGGAUGCAAUUCUGCAGAUAAAUGGAAUUAACGUGAGAAAAUGCAGACAUGAAGAAGUGGUUCAGGUUCUUCGGAAUGCUGGAGAAGAAGUGACCCUGACGGUGUCAUUUUUAAAAAGAGCACCUGCUUUCCUCAAACUCCCACUGAAUGAAGACUGUGCAUGUGCUCCAAGUGACCAGAGCAGUGGCACCUCCUCUCCUCUUUGUGACAGUGGCUUGCAUCUCAACUAUCAUCCCAACAAUACAGACACACUGUCAUGUUCUUCAUGGCCAACAUCUCCAGGCCUGAGAUGGGAAAAACGAUGGUGUGACCUGAGGCUGAUUCCGCUGCUUCAUUCACGUUUCUCUCAGUAUGUGCCUGGGACAGACUUGAGUCGGCAGAAUGCUUUUCAAGUCGUUGCUGUGGACGGGGUCUGCAGUGGGAUUAUUCAGUGCCUCUCCGCUGAAGACUGUAUUGACUGGCUACAAGCAAUAGCAACUAAUAUUUCAAACCUCACAAAGCACAAUAUUAAAAAAAUCAACAGAAACUUUCCUGUAAACCAGCAGAUAGUCUACAUGGGCUGGUGUGAAGCACGGGAGCAGGAUCCUCUGCAAGAUCGUGCGUACUCUCCAACGUUUCUAGCCCUGAGGGGAUCAUGUCUUUACAAGUUUCUGGCCCCUCCAGUGACAACGUGGGACUGGACCCGAGCAGAGAAAACAUUUUCAGUUUAUGAGAUUAUGUGCAAGAUUCUCAAGGACAGUGACCUGCUGGACCGGCGGAAACACUGCUUCACCGUGCAGUCCGAGUCUGGGGAAGACCUCUACUUCUCCGUGGAGUUAGAUUCUGACCUCGCCCAGUGGGAACGAGCCUUCCAAACAGCAACCUUUCUGGAAGUGGAACGGAUACAGUGCAAGACAUAUGCAUGUGUGCUAGAAAGUCACCUCAUGGGACUCACGAUUGACUUUAGCACAGGAUUUAUCUGCUUUGAUGCUGCAACAAAGGCUGUACUUUGGAGGUUUAAGUUUUCUCAGUUGAAGGGCUCUUCAGAUGACGGCAAAAGCAAAAUCAAAUUUUUGUUUCAGAAUCCAGAUACUAAGCAGAUUGAAGCAAAGGAGCUGGAAUUUUCAAAUCUAUUUGCUGUUCUUCACUGCAUUCAUUCCUUCUUUGCUGCCAAAGUAGCUUGUUUGGACCCUCUCUUUUUAGGCAAUCAGGCUACUGCUUCCGCUGCUCCCAGCUCUGCUACUACAAGCAAAGCCAAGUACACAACUUGACACACUGAACUUUGUUUCGCCGCUUACCGUGACUCUAUAAACAGACUAAACGCAGUCAUCAUUGUAGACCCUGGAGAAGCAAAGGUAUCACCAAGUCAGCAGUGAAUUCAAUUUGAAAUUUCAGCAGAAAACAAGAAGAUCAUAAGGGAUCUCAAAAGCAUUUCUGUUUUGGAAGCAUUUGUGAAUAAUCUUAAAGAACAUAAUGGCUCGUUCUCACUCAGUUUAUUUCUACAGGUAUUUCAUCAAAA